AUGGCUCUUGUGUUGGAAAAUCAAGCGUUGCAGCAGCAAGUCCAGCAAGAGUCUAAUGCACUGUCAACUAUGCAACAGCAGCUAGUGGCACUGGGUUCAAGGCCAGUGGCCCCUCCCUCACGGAAAUGCCCAGUCGCAUUGCCCGACAAGUUUGGGGCGAAACUAGCCAACUUUCCUCUGUUCCUUGCUCAGUGUAAGCUCUACAUGAAAGUGCGUCAGCAAGUUUUUCCUGAUGACCAAACGAAAGUCUUUAUCUUGUGUUUGUUAAAGGACCAUACAGCUAAGUGGGCCUCACCCUUGCUGGUUGCUGACUCCCCCAUGUUAAACAACUAUGAAGCAUUCCUGACUCAGUUCCAGGCUGCUUUCCCUGACCCUCAGAAGCAGGGAAGGGCUAACUGA